AUGGUGCUCCGAGAGGAGAAACUCAUUCUUCUUCUCCAGGAUCCAGUUCGAGUGGUGACAGCUUACCAACGACCAAUAAGAAUGAACAAAAUGCUCAAAGUGAGAAUGCUAACACUGUACCUGCAUCUACACAAGAAGGUGCAGACUCAGAAUCCUUUCCUACACCAUCCACUGAAACUCCUUCCGCAUCUUCACAGGCAAAUGAGGGGACACAAGCAUCUGAAACUGAAAAUGCUGAGAAUGACACUACACCUGCAGAGAGUGAAUCAACCACCACCACCACUACCACAACAACAACAACACUUCCUCCUGAACUCACAAACAACAAGAAGGGUGAUGCAGACAGCAGCAGCAGUAUCAGCAGUUCUGUGUGGGUGCGUGUACCACUACUGA